AUGCUACACUUACAUAAAAAUUGCUUUGCGACAAGACAAGGGUUAACUUCUCCUUUCUUUCUAUUCAAAAUUAUCUUCUCUUACGUUGAGCGUAAUAACGAAUUCAGUCAUGCCUACUUGAAGAGAGUUGGUGGAGGUACCUCGCAUCGCUCGGCGAGUGGUGGUGGAGGGGGUGGACAUUUAUUUAGCCGGCGACUUUACGACGUUAACAAAGGGGACGAAUCAUCUCUCUGUGAUUUACUUUUGGACACAGAUUCAGGGGGUCAAUCACUUUGUGGUAGCAGUACAGGCAGCAGUCUAAGUGCUCAUCAUCGUCGUCGGGCUUCAACCCAUUAUCCUUAUCAAAAGACCCCUCGUAUCCAUCGAUAUAAUAAACAUCAAAGUCAUAAGACCAAUAAAGAAUGGCAAACUGAAUUUGAGGAAUUUAAAGCAAAACCAAAACUUGUUCCAUUUGAACAUUUAACAACAUUAGAAAAUUACAAUAAGAAUUUAUAUUUACCUCAAAAACAUUCUCAAUUAGUAAUUAUUGGAAAAGACGGGCAGAUGAAAUCUACAACAUUUUCUGAUAAAGAUGUAGAAAAGGGAGAAGUUCAAAUUAAUGGAAGGGAAAUAGGAGGAGGAGGAGUAAAUAUAAAUAAUGACCAAAGACAAGUAACAACCCCUUCCUCCUCUUCUUCCCAAUUUGCUGUAAUUAUUAAAGGAAAACAAUUAAAUACAAAUAAAGUUCAAUUAAAUAAUAAUAAAAUAUCUCCUAAUUUGAUUUUACAAAAAGAAGAAAAAAUUGGUAAAAAUGGAAGAAAAUGGAGAGGACAUCAAGGAAGAAAUAGAGUAUUUUGUGAUGGAAGGUUUAUUAUGGCUCGACAAAGUUCAGUUUUCGUGUUAACAUUUCUACUUAUAAUUUUUACUAUGACCCUGUUUUGUAUUUUUGAUUUACCAUUUUUAACUCAAAAAGUAUCAAUUGCAAUUCCAAUAGUUUCUAGUUUACUUUUUCUUUUGGUUAUUUCUUCUCUUUUACGUGCAGCUUUUACCGAUCCAGGUAUUAUACCUCGUGCUACUCCUAGAGAAGUUCUUGAAUUGGAGAAACAAUGCCAAGAAUCUGAUCCAUUCUUCCAACGUGAUGAAUGGCUUCAACCUAGAACUCGAAUAGUUAAUAUUCGUGGCCAGCAAGUUAAAUUAAAAUAUUGCUUUACUUGUUGUAUUUUUAGGCCUCCUAGAUCUUCGCAUUGUUCAAUUUGUGAUAAUUGUGUUUUAAAUUUCGAUCAUCAUUGCCCUUGGCUAGGAAAUUGCAUUGGUUUACGCAAUUAUAGACAUUUCUUUAUGUUUGUUACAUCUCUUUGGAUAUUAGAUGCUUUUAUGGGUGUUUGUGUUGGAUUACAUUUUUAUUUGUUGAGUAUUGAAAAAGGCACAUUUAUGGAUGCUUUGAAGGAAACACCACCUUCAUUAUUAACAGGUGUAAUUAACAUAAUUUCAAUUUGGUCUGUGUUGGGUCUUUCUGGUUUUCACAUUUAUUUAUUAGCUCUUGGACAAACUACAAACGAAGAUAUUAAAGGAACUUUUAGUCAAAAAUUACAUCCUCAAGUUAAAAAUCCUUAUAAUUCUGGAAAUUGUUUUAAAAAUAUUUUGAAUGCUAUUUGUGUUCCUGAAUAUCCAAGUCUACUCAAUUUGAGAGGUUAUUUACCACCGGAGGAAGGCCCAAGUAUUCUUGUAAACUCAGAAAUACUUGAUAGAAUGGCAUUAAAACGUCAACAACAAAAUUACGGAACAACAAAUGAAAGGAAAGGAAGACAAAAAAUUGUGGUGGAAGAAGAGGGAGGACGUUCUAGUGAUGGUGGAGGAGGUGUUGCUUCUUGCCCUUCAUCCCCACCUAGACAACGACGUAUUAAAGGAAAACUUCAAAAUUCUUCAACGGGUUCACUCGAUCGAAAUCACCAAAAUAAAACAAGAAUAUGCCAUAGCAGUAAUUUAAUUGCCCCAAUUGAAUUAAAUAAAGAACAACAAAAACGUUCAAAACAAAGUAAUAAUAGAGAAAUUAAUGAAAAUAAUAAUAAAUUUAUUGAAGGAGAAAAAUAA